AUGGCAACGGCUUCUCCUCCAUUUAUCUCAUCUCUCAACUUCACUCGCACUUCUUUCAAAACCACUCUCUCUUGUUCUCCUUCUUCAUCUUUUUCAUUUACUCCGAACCCGAACCUCUUUCGUCCCCUUGUGCGUUUUUCAGUGAAAGCUUCCAGAAAGCAAGUGGAGAUAGUUUAUGAUCCUGACGAGAGGCUGAAUAAGAUUGGCGAUGAUGUUGACAAAGAAGCUCCUUUAUCAAGGCUUAAGCUCUUCUCUCCUUGCAAGAUCAAUGUUUUCUUGAGGAUAACCGGAAAGAGAGAAGACGGUUUCCAUGAUUUAGCUUCUUUGUUUCAUGUGAUUAGCUUAGGAGACACAAUUAAAUUCUCGUUGUCACCAUCUAAAUCCAAAGAUCGUCUCUCUACUAACGUCUCUGGAGUCCCUGUCGAUGCAAGAAACCUGAUUAUAAAAGCACUUAACCUUUACAGGAAGAAGACUGGUAGUAACAAGUUCUUUUGGAUUCAUCUAGACAAGAAGGUGCCUACCGGAGCUGGACUCGGUGGUGGAAGUGGUAACGCUGCAACCGCACUCUGGGCGGCGAAUCAGUUCAAUGGAGGUGUUGCCUCUGAGAAGGAACUUCAAGAUUGGUCAAGUGAGAUUGGGUCAGAUAUUCCUUUCUUCUUCUCUCAUGGAGCUGCCUAUUGUACAGGGAGAGGCGAGAUUGUUCAAGACCUUCCUCCUCCUUUUCCUAUUGAUCUUCCAAUGGUGCUCAUUAAGCCACGAGAAGCGUGUUCGACUGCUGAAGUUUACAAACGUCUUCGUUUAGAUCAGACGAGUAACAUUGAUCCCUUGACAUUACUGGAGAAUGUCACCAGCAAUGGUGUGUCUCAAAGCAUUUGCGUAAACGAUUUGGAACUGCCAGCGUUUCAAGUUCUUCCAUCUCUUAAACGCUUGAAGCAACGCGUAAUAGCAUCUGGUCGUGGCCAAUAUGAUGCUGUCUUUAUGUCUGGGAGUGGAAGCACCAUUGUUGGUAUUGGUUCACCAGAUCCUCCACAGUUUAUAUAUGACGAUGAAGAAUACAAGAAUGUGUUCCUGUCUGAGGCAAACUUUAUGACUCGAGAGGCUAAUGAAUGGUACAAAGAACCUGCUUCUGCAAAUGCUACUACUUCAUCUUCUGAGUCUCGCUUGGAGAUUUCAAAUGAGAUGUAA